AUGUCUUCUUCUGUGACAAUGGUUAGCGUUUCGUUAAUAGCCUUUGCUGCAAUUUUUCAUCAUGUUUAUGGUGAAAUAGUUGUUGGAUCUGUAGCGUUAAACUCAGGAGUAUUUGAUAAGAUAAUACAAAAACACAAGGCUGUAUUAGUCAAAUUUGAUGAAACAUAUCCUUAUGGGAAGAAACAAGAUGUUUUCAAAGAAGUGGCCAAAUCAAGUACACAGCAGCCAGAGUUAUUGAUAGCUGAAGUUCAAGUUGCAGAUUAUGGAGACAAAGACAACAGUGAUCUGGCAGAAAAGUAUGGUGUUAAAAAGGAGAACUUCCCAGCGUAUAGACUGUUUCUUAAUGGCAAAUUAGAUGAUCCUAUCAAAUAUACAGCUAGUGUGGAAAAUGCUGAUGAUAUCAAGAACUUUGUCAUUAGGGAAACUGGUCUUUGGUUGGGUAGACCUGGAUGUUAGACUAGUUUAGAGGAAUUUGAUAAAAUUGUCAAUGAGUUUUUCACUGCACCAAAAGAUAAACAAGCAGCAAUUGUAGAGCAAGCAGAAAAGGCAGCAGAGAAAUUAACGGAUACAGCAGAGAAAACAUCAGCAGAUACUUAUAUCAAAACUAUGAAAAAGAUUUUAGAAAAGGGAACAGAUUUUGUCAAAACUGAAGUGUCGCGCAUUGAAAAAUUGCGUUCUGGAAAAGUCAGUGAUAAGAAGAAAGAACAGCUCAGUAAUAGACUUAAUAUUUUAACUACAUUCCAGUUAAAUGUCAAAGAUGAACUUUAAAACUUGUUUCAAGACUUAUCAUUAGACUGGUUGUUGAAUUCUUUGCAUCAGAACUUUACUUUUGUAAAAGCUUCUUAUUUUGUACUCAGUGUUUUAUGUUUUGUUUUUAAGAGCAUUAAUUUAUUAUUCCAUUACAUUUGUUGACCAAAUAUCUUCACAUCAUUUUUCAAGUUGACUGUGUUGUUGAUUGAAGAAGGUUAUAUGCAUUAUCAUUUACUGGAAUCAAAAAUCCAUUCAUCAACAUUUGAUGCUCAAGCCAAGGUUUUAUCUUAGCUACAAUUCUACUGCCGAAUACCUAAUUUUUCAUUCAUUCAAUAUGACUUGUAAGCUCAG